UGUAGCCUAAUGCAGUGGUCCAGACACUGAGGGGAUGCUGAUGGUUAUAGGGAGCGGUAAUACACACGAGGGGUUUCCGUUUGAAAAAGCAGGGCGUGCACUUAGUGAAGACUGGAGAACCGGGUGGUACUAGAGAGACAUCAAUAUCAUCACGCGUACAUCGGACGUAUUGGCGAGAUUAAAUUGCUUGGUUUAUUAGUUUACCAUUCAAUAACUUUGUAUUGAUAUUAGAUAUGUUAUUUUAUCAUAUCUAAUCAAAUUAAUGUGUUCAAACGACUGUUAAUGCUGAUGACGACCGCCCAAAGGCGAGUUACUCAUCUGUCACCCUGAUUUCAUCAAAGACAAGCUCAUACGAAAGUUUAAUUCAAAAAGUGAUUUCCGACGAGUCUUGGAGGAAUAUAUAGAAAUGUGUAUCUAAAGAAUGGCUAUCAACACGGAUGCCGCGUUUGGUAAAAGCGCACUGGGGGAGAGGGCAGUCUCACAUCCCAUCGACUUCCAAGACACAGAGAAACUCCUGAGAGCCGUGACCACCGAACCCACCGGGGAAAGCAACCUCAAACCGUGCGACCCCUCUCUCAACUUGAGAAGCAGCAUCCGUUCCCUGAAUGCCGAGCAGAACGGACACCAAUCGCCAUUAAGGUCAGGCUCCGUGGGGCACCUCUGUGCCGCGCCCGUGUCCCCGUCCCAGCUAAGCUUCGGACCCCCCUUCCUCCUCUCCCCGGUGCCACCCGGUUCAGAGCCGCCAAGCUACCUGUGGCUUGCGAUAUUGUCAUGCUUUUGUCCUGCUAUGCCGGUGAACAUGUUCGCGCUGUGGUAUGCUUACAUGUCGCAGUCUGUUCUCCAGACAGGGGAUGUAGACGGAGCUAAGAGGCUGGGUCGUCUCUCUCUAAUGCUCAGCUGUAUCGCCAUGUUCCUGGGUGUGGCCGUCAUCAUCUUCAUAGUGGUCACGGAAGGCAUCCUCAAAUUAAAAUGAAUGAGCAUUGAACAGGUGCAUUGAGCAGAGGUGGAACAAGCUUAAUAC